AUGGCAACACUACGCCCGGCUGCACGGCCACUGGCCGCCUGGAAGACCGCGCUGCGGCAGGCUCGGUCCUCGAAGCUCCAGCAGCGCUGCUUCGCCGAUCUCACGAAUAACCAGCCCAAGGCUCUGCACGCCAAUGGCUUGAUCAAGCAGUCGGGCAAAGUCCACAACCCCAUCAAGGUAUACCCGCCGCCGGCAACAGCAGCAAACAAGUGCAAGGACCCGAUCGCGGCGGUGACGGCGACGCAGCUCUCGACGCUCGACCCGACGGGGGCGCGCGCGCACCUGUUCUCCAAGACGAACCGCGACGCGGCGAAAGUGGGCGACAUCCUGCUGGUGCGGCAGCGCAACGGCGACCCGUUCGCGGGCGUGUGCCUCAACAUCCGGCGGCGCGGCGUCGACACGGCCAUCCUGCUGCGCAACCAGCUGACGCGCGUCGGCGUCGAGAUGUGGUACAAGGUCUUCAGCCCCAACGUCGAGGCCAUCGAGGUCGUGCAGCGCCGUGAGAAGAGGGCCCGCAGAGCCCGUCUGUAUUACAUGCGCAAGCCUAAGCACGACCGCGGUAGCGUGGAGAACAUCGUCAGGCAGUACCAGAGGCAGAAGGCGAUGCUGAGGGGCGGUGGUUCGAUGAGAGGGAGGGGUGCGAAUGCUGGGAAGAAGGCUGGCAAAAAGGGUAAAUAA